AUGUCACCUCCCCGUCUCAAGCGCACACGAACAGGAUGCCUGACCUGUCGCCGGCGCCGAGUCAAAUGCAGCGAAGAAAAGCCCACAUGCCACAGAUGUCAGACUGCCAAUCUCGUCUGUGCAGGCUACCAGCAGAGCCGGCACGUCGUGCCUGUCGUUCUGGCGGGAGACACAGAUGCAGACCAACCAUCUUCCGCCGCGCUUGUGACCUCAACCCCUGCAUCCCACCUGGUUCUAGCCCAGUACGUGCCAGACGUAGUACGCUCAGUUGAAAACCAGAAUCACCGCACCGCGUUCUUACCAAUCUACCACCAGUAUGUGACCAGCACCGUCCACCGGUUCUUCGCAGGCAAUGGGCUUGCAUUCUGGCGCGACACGGUCGCACAGAUGGCGUGGGCGGACGAUCUGAUCUGCCAGGCGAUCCUGUGUCUCGGUGCCCUGCACCGGGCCGCGCUACUCCCGGCGGGCCAUGCGCAGAAGGGUCAAAUGAGGGCGCAGGGUGUGGGUGCGUACACCGCGGCGUUGAGCCUUGCGCGGGGCAGCACCGGGAUCCGGCAGGUUGGGGUUGGCUCCGUUGUGGUAAUGAUCGUCUUUGCGUUGGUGGAGAUAUUCCUGAAAAACCUCCCCGGGGCUGGACGUCAUCUUGAUGCCGCACAGAGACUGUUCUGCGAGCUUGUUGUAUCGGGAAACCCCGAGGAUCUCAAAUAUAUCGAGGACCCUCUCACGCGUCUUCAAUUCUCCAUUCAAAAUCUGACCGGUGGCACUGGGGGUGGGACUAGCCACAGGGCCAGAGAGCAGCAAACACUCGUAACCCCCUUUCCUCACUAUCCAAGCCUCGUCUACACCAGCGACGGAGACCUUUCCUCGGAGCACUGCCAUCUCCUCCGGACUGUGGCCUUUUACCGGGACGUCGGCCAGCUCCUGUGGCUACCCAUCGAGCACACAGCCGCCUCCAUAAACAGGACAUCGCUCAAUGCCUUCCGAUCAGCACUCCUCCACUGGAGAGCAACCGCAACAACGACCCGCAAGGCCUGUCCCCAACCACUUCACCCAAUUCUUCUAGAAGAGGUCGAGGACGAAACUCCACCACUACACUCACUCCCCAUUCCCCCUGCCAGACUCACCUUCACGUCCGACGUCGCAGCUGUCAGCAUGGCUAUUUUUUACGCGCAUCUCGCUCUGCUAGACUACCUCGAGCUAGCCACUUCCCCUGCAUCAGACAAAACAGAAGAACGCGAGGAACGUAUCUAUGCGCUGAUCUAUCGCAACCUGCGCAUCGUACAAGGUCUCUGGGGCGAGGAAGACGUCGCAGAAGAAUGUGCGCGGUUCCGACAGCCCAAGGUGGGGAUGGUCAUGCAUAUGGUGCUCUUCCAGGCGAUGGGGUUGGGGUGUACGGCGGAGUGGCGGUCCUGGGCGAGAGGUCGACUGGAGAGGCUUGGUCGUGCGGCGGACGUGUUUCGGGGGACGGCGUUUAUGAAUGCGCACGCUGCGAUGGAUCAGUUCCUGGACAGGGAGAUGGGACAAGGGGAUGGGGGAUUGGUGUCUCUGGGUGAGAGGGUAAACCCCGUGGUCCGGGCGAAUCCGGACGUAGAUGAUGGGUUUUCGGCGUGUUUUGUUAGAAUGCAUCUCGGUGAGCGAGAGGAUGCGCUGCUGUUUGAUGUGGUGGGGCGGGCGCGGUGGGAGCAGGAUGGGGCUGGCUGGAGCAUUAUUAUUUGA